GGGACCAGAGAAGAAGGGCCGAGCAAACCCGGAGGAGAGAGGAGGGGAGAUCCGCCACCUCCCUUCAUUGCUCACAGACUUGUUCCCUCCCUGGCUGCGGCUGCGGCUGCAGCAGUGGCGGCGGGACGCAGAAGCAAGUCCCGAGGCUGGCAGCGGAUGAGACUGGAGCGAACUGAGGCCGCUGGAUUUGCCACUGUCACUGCUGUUUCCUCUUCCCCGCGGGCCCUCUCCUAUCUCCCUUCUCUAAGAUGGCAGCCAGCAGCAGUUCUGAGGUCUCUGAGAUGAAGGGGGUAGAAGAUAGUUCCAAGACUCAGAGAGAAGGACCUGGCCAUUCUGAAGCUGGCCUCAGUCCUGUCCAGGUUGUAGCAGAGAUUCCAGACCAGCCAGAGGCCCUUCAGCCAGGUCCAGGUAUCACUGCAGCCCCUGUGGACUCAGAACCUAAGGCUGAGUUGGCCCCAGAAACCACAGAGACCCCAGUUGAGGCCCCAGAGAUAGUCCAGGCCACAGACCUCAGCUUAAAGCCAGGCAGAGAAUCCCAGGCCAGCCCUGGCCCCAAAGAGGCAUGCCAAGAGCCAGCAUCCACAGCAGUUGUGAGCAAAGAAGCCACGGCAGAGCAGGGAUCUGAGCCGCGGUCUGCAGCCCCUCCGGAGCCAACCUCAGCGCCUGCUUUCCACCUAAAUUCCCACUCAGACCCUCAGGCAACUUCCCAGGCUGCUCCCAAGCUACCCCUUCAGCCAGAGGCCCCCACCCAAGAGGACCCUAGCACUGAGGUCCUGACAGGAGGCAUAGGGGAAAAGCAAGAAAAUGGGGCAGUGCUUCCCCUUCAGGCUGGGGAUGGGGAAGAGGGUCCAGCUCCCCAGCCUCACUCAUCACCCUCAGCUAAAACACCACCAGCCAAUGGGGCUCCCCCCCGGGUGCUGCAGAAGCUGGUGGAGGAGGACAAGAUAGGAAGGGCUCAUAGUGGGCAUCCAGGAUCUCCUCGAGGUAGCCUGAGCCGACACCCCAGCUCCCAGCUGGCAGGACCUGGGGUGGAAGGGGGUGACGGCUCCCAGAAACCUCGGGACUACAUCAUCCUUGCCAUCCUGUCCUGCUUCUGCCCCAUGUGGCCUGUCAACAUUGUGGCCUUCGCUUACGCCGUCAUGUCCCGGAACAGCCUGCAACAGGGGGACGUGGAUGGGGCCCAACGUCUGGGCCGAGUAGCCAAGCUCUUAAGCAUCGUGGCGCUGGUGGGGGGGGUCCUCAUCAUCAUCGCCUCCUGCGUCAUCAACUUGGGCGUGUAUAAGUGAGGGGCUCUGCCCUGCAUUCCAAGGCUUUCCUUCCUGUUGGGAGCUGUCUUGGGUCCAUCCUUACCCUGGGGAAACCCAGUCCAUGGCCCUGGCCCCCUCCCUAGGGACCAAGGGAGCCUGAGCAGCCUUGUUUACAGCUUCUUCCCUGCCCCUGCACCUGCCAGGCUCCACUGCCCGACACAGGCUUCCUCUCUCCUGCACUUUUGCCUGCGGAUCUCUCUUCCUGCCUCUUGGCCUCCCUAACCCUGCACUCUGAAACCCUCUCUGCACUUCUGGAAGCCUCCCUGAACAUCUAAGUUGUACUCUGCACCUCUGCAUCUCCCCCAGCCCACUUCCUGCCCCUGACUUAACGAACCCCGGCCUCCUGACUUCCACUGUCUUGGCAUCUGACUCAUUCUUCUUUCCCUUCCUUAACAUCUCGUUCCCCUUGCCACAUUCCCUGACCCCUUCUGCCUUCUCAUCUGCCCAUCAGUAUCUUCACCCUCCUGCCGCCAUUUAGUCUGCAAAAAAACCUGCAACAUUAGGCCAGGCUGAGGGAGAAAGAUAGUGUGGGGAGGGACUGCCUAGCUAGGGGCUCUGACUGUUCUCUACUGGGGACCAUCUGGGCCCAGACGGUACCCUGACCCCAAUCCCUAAGGUGCCUAUUGGGUUGCAAAGUAGGCAAGCCAGGCCUCACCUGGGGGGCUUGCACAGGAAUGGGAGUCCUCAUUCUGAACAUCCAGGGGAGGAAGGAGGGCCACAGUGGCCAUAGCCUGAGUUGACCUGCCCAUUUGGGCUUUUUAACCUCAGAGUUUUUUGUUUGAAGGUCUGGGGGGGUUGGGCCAUUCACUUGCUUUGUAAACAGUAGAAUUAAAAAAAGAAAGAAAAAAAAAAGGACCAAAGUUCCCAGCUGCAGGGAGCGAGGGGGGGUGGGGGAGCUCUGUUAUUAUUCUCUAAGAGGAUAAGGAAGGUUUGUUGCACGCCACAGCCCUCUGAGGAGGCAGGGAGUUGGGGUGGGGGUGGGGGUGUUUUCCUUUAAGAAAAAGUUGGGAGAAACUAAAAUUCCUAUAAAAAAGAAAACCAAACUGAGUCUCCCUUUUUGUAUGCUGAAUGCUGCAUGAGUCUUAAACACCAAUAAACAGAGAAUGCAUGAGAA